GAAAAAAGUAGGAAAGAACCUAUUUUGACGAACGGCUACGAUAUACACACACCAGAUAGGUUGAUCUAUAACCUUUUCCUACUACUAAUCUUACCCUUUUAUCGUGGGGAGAGAGAGGGAGAGAGGGAGAGAGAGAGGGAGAGAGAAAGAGGGAGAGAGAGAGAGGGAGAGAGAAAGAGUGAGAGAGAGAGAUGAGUUUGAUGAAUCCUUAUGAGAAUGGUUUAAGUUUCGAAUCCCCAAGCUUCAUUGAAUGGCUUAAACCUCCAUCUUCUCCUUCUGUCUUAUAUCGUAUGAAGACAAGAGAUGCUAUAUCAAGAUCAAAUCACCACCAGAGUCAGAUGAACAUGUUGGAACGAUCUCUAUUCUUAUACCAACCACAACUUAACACCUCUAUCCAAUGCUUGCCUCUUCUAAACAAGCUCAUGGAAAAUAAGAGUCGUCAAGCCUUGGAUGACAUUAAAGAAGAGAGUAAGGAUGAUGUGGUUACUCUCCAAAUCGGAUUUCCUAAUUAUCACCGUGGUAACUCGGCGGAGGAGGAUGACUCUGACACAACUUCUGAUCAUCAGAAGAAACCCAUCAAGAAAGAGAUAAUAGACGAUGGCGUGGUGCUGAUGAAAAAGAGGAGAAAGAUGAAGUAUGAUGAGGAGGUGAUUGAUUCUGAUAUGGAAGUCUGUGGGAAGAGGUUUUGGAUACCAAGUCCUGCUCAGAUUCAUGUCGGUCCAAUGCAAUUUGCUUGCUCUAUUUGCAGCAAAACGUUCAAUAGGUACAAUAACAUGCAGAUGCAUAUGUGGGGACAUGGAUCUGAGUUCAGAAAAGGGGCUGACUCGUUGAAGGGCACAAGCACAACACAACCUGCGGCUAUCUUGAGGCUGCCAUGCUAUUGUUGUACAGAGGGAUGCAAGAACAACAUCAACCAUCCACGGUCUAAGCCCUUGAAAGAUUUUCGUACACUUCAGACACAUUACAAACGUAAGCAUGGCUCCAAGCCCUUCUCUUGCGGAAAAUGUGGCAAAGCCUUGGCUGUGAAAGGCGACUGGAGGACCCACGAGAAAAACUGUGAUAAGCUUUGGUAUUGUAUAUGUGGGUCAGAUUUCAAGCACAAGAGGUCUCUCAAGGACCACAUCAGGUCCUUCGGCAGUGGACAUGCUCCUCACCCGUCUCUUUCUUUUGAUGGUUUCGAGGAGGAUACAGAAUGUGUCACCACAGAGUGAGAGUGAUGUUAGAUACACUGGAGAGACUGUGGAAUCAUCAUUGAGCGACAGGUAAGAUUUGAAUUUUCUAAUGUUGCUUCAAUUAAAGCUAUCCACCACAAACACAAUUCAAGUCUACCAAAGAAUUUCUAUCUUGAAAAGGGAGAAAUUCUUUGUUAGACUCGAUAUAUAAAAAAAUAUAGAAAUUUACCAAAUAAAAUGAAGCAACAUUUUAAAAUUUAGAUCUUUUUAUUGGGAUUUAUGGUUACGAUAAGUCCACAUAAAGCCCGGUGUUUGUCUAGCAAUUUCUUCCUUCUUUUGUCUUUUUAAUGUUUGAGACAUGGGUUAGUUUGAGUAUUGGUGUGUUACGUACAAUGCAUGUGAUAUCAUUAUAGGGUUCUUGGUUUGGUGGGGGAUUUUUGCUACGAAGUAACCUUAAGAAGGAGGUUUAAUUAUGCUCACUAACAAAAACUUCUCCUUUUUACGAGGAUUGUAUUUGUUGGGGAGCAUUUUGUGGCUCGUGUAAACCCCUAGUUAUCUUAGUGAUUAGUAGCAAUUAAGUAUGAUCUGAGUAUUAAUUAGGGUUUCCUUAUUUAAUAAGGGUGAUUUAUCGAUUAAAAAUUUGUGAAGCACGUGAAUUUUCUGUUUCUCACAAUGUAAUUUGUAAUAGAAGAGAAAAUUGGUGUGCUUCACUUCAUUAUUGUACGAUGUAAUUCUCAAUUAAAGACUCUUCCUUCAUCUAUUGUAUCUCUUUUCAUUACAUAUCAUGUGCGUUCGAUC